AUGCCGACAGCGCGAGCGAGUGGGGACGAGGACUUUUGGGCCGAGCUUGGCCUGCCGGGCGACCGCCGCCUGCAGCUGACGGCCAACUGCGUGCGCUGCACGUCGCUCAACGUCGACUACGCCACGGGGCGGACGGCGCAGGGCGAGGCGGGCACGGUGCUCAAGAAGCUCAUGAAGGACAGACGCGUCGACAAGGGCAGCAGAUGGUCCCCCGUCUUUGGGCGCUACGCCUUUCUCGCGGGCCGCGACCCUCUGGUCGUCCGCGUCGGUGACGAGGUCGACGUCGUCAGGCGCAACGAGGAGCGCUCCGUGUACGACUGGCCCAUGCACAGCAAGCCUCCAGUGACAAACCCGGCGUGA